AUGAGGCUGCUGGCAUGGCACCUCUGCUUCGCGUCCCUCCUGGCACCCAUCUACUCUGAGAACGUGCUUGGCAUCGUGGGAGAAAAUUUUACUUUUCCAGUAGAAAUAAAGCAAAGAAUAGACGAAAUUACUUGGAAUAAAGACAAAGAUAUAGUGGCUGAAUGGGAUGGGCAAAACCCGCCAAAGUAUUUUACUACCCUCGAAGGCAGGAGCGUGCUUAAGGAGAAUGGGAACUUGACUAUAUUUAACUUGGAGAAGAGUGAUGCUGGCACAUAUAAGUUACGCUACUGGGAUUUUGUGAAAGAUAGUUAUUUAACAUUCACUCUUGAUGUAUUAGAUCCCCCUUCAGAACCUAAAAUAAGUCACAGCAUCAAGGGUGAUAACCUUGUGUUAAACUGUACAUCAGAUUUCCCAUGGCCUGUGACUUACACUUGGAAGAUCAGUAACGAUCCACGCAGUCACUGGAGCCAGGAAUUUUCCAUCCCUAUAGAGAAUAUUGAUGCUACCAAGAAAGCUACAUGUUUCAUUACAUUCUCACAAACGGAGAAGAGCUCUGAAAUCUCUUUGAUUCAAUGCAUUUCAGAUAAAAAAGGUAGAGCUAAAUUUGAAAGAGGAGGAGUUGCUCAGAAGAAGAGUCCAGUGCAUGGCUCAGGAGAACAUGAACAACUUUUCUCUGUGGAGAAUGAAGAACAGCAUAACUCAGACAGAGCUACAUUUUCACAACCUGUUCAUUGUGAGAACGAAAGGCCUGAAGCAGACAGAGAACUGAACAAGGAGGACAGUGCCCUGAAAGAUAAGCAGACAGUUAACAAUGGUGUAAAUAAGGAAGAACUGUCUACCAUGCAGAACAGCACCCUGACAUCCAAGUGUGCAGCUGAUGAUGGUGUAACUGAGGAAGAACUGACGCAGGUUGUGGAAGGUGGAAAUGGGGAGCACUUGAACAACUCCCCCAGCUGCAGUUUAGAAGAUCUUAAAUCAUAAGCAAAUAAUUGCUUUUUGGAUCAAAGACAGAAGAGACACUGUAAAAUGCAGUGGUGAAGAAGCUGCUACGUUUUCCCUUGAAGCUCUUCCAAGAGCAGUGAAGUUAGCAGAGCUUCAUAAAGAACCACUUUGAAGGCUAGUUGAGCAGUUUCCAGUGCCUGUUUUUCUUUUCUCAGAAGGGAGAGCCUCCUUUUCUAGUGUUACUGUGUGAAGAUAAAUAGGCUGAAUCAUGGAAAAAAACCUUUUGAAUUGUUCUGUAUUCGGUUUUUAGUGCUCUACUAACACAGAAUGUAAGAGCUAAGGCCUAACUGCUCAGCUUUAUAUGCAAUUUUUGAUCAGUACUUUUUUAUAGUCAGAAGAAAGACAGAUCAGCCUUCAGCAGACCCAGAUGGAUGGAAGUUGCAUUUUCUAGUCUUGGUUAUCCAACAGGAAUUCAGUGCUCCAGACAAAGCUGUCUCCUGGAGUUGGCAGAAGGCUGGCAAAUUUAUAAUAUCCUGACAGUGGUUCAUUUUGACAUUAAACUACAUUGCAGUUUGUUGUUGCACUGGAACAAAGUUGCACUGCCAUUAGCAGUGUUGUUUGUUUGUUUGUUUGUUUUUCUAAAGCUUUUUAUAAUGU